AUGUUGAAAUCUCACACCACUGACCUUGGGGUCCGCACAGACUCAAAGGAGGACUCUCAGGACUGGAAAACUGUCUGGGACAUCAAGACUAUUGUGACUACCGUCCUUCUUGGACUCUUUCUGACUCCAGCCCUUGCUGAGGAUAGACAAUUAAGCAAGAAAAUCAGCAUUACUGGAGGCUACCAAAUUCUGACCAUCAACAAGCAAUGGCACAUAGCAACUGUCGAGGAAAAAACCGCCCAUAAGUCUUCAAAAGUCAUCUUGAACUAUGAUACGGGCUUUAUUGCAACCAAAGUGCUGCCAGAGAAAGUUUGCUUCGUUUCCCUAAUGAACAGAGAGGAGAUACCUAGCCUUGAUGAUCUUCCCAGACUGGCUGAAGAGAACAAUGUAAGAUUAAAAAGGAGUACUACGAAGGAGCUCAUAUACAUCGUCAGGAGACCUGUCCGUGACCUCAAGUCUUAUGGACCAGACAUCUUCUCUAUGUGCAAAGGACUCAUGACCUACGUGGCUUCUGAAGUUCACGAACCCCAACAUAUAAUUAAUCUUGGAUCAUGCAUUAGAGUUGAUGUCCUGCAAAUUUUCAACCUUAAGUACUGUCGUGACAAUAGCAAGGCCUGA